AUGCCCGGAAAUCCUAAAGAGGAUCAGCGUGCCAAAACGCGAAAAGUGACGUCUUCAACAUCGGCUAAUUCGAUGGGUGCCGGCGAGCCGAAGUCAACGGGGAAGCUGGAGGAGACACAGCAGCAGUUGGAAUCCGAUUGGAAUUCCCCCAGUCUCAUGAUACUGUUCGAUGGUGGCGAUAUAAAAAAGGCCAUGCAUCAUCUUCUGGCCUCACUGCAAAAUCCAUUCGCCGAGCAUGCGGUGGCCACACUAUUCAUCCAGGAGAGCGUGCGUGAGCCUGUUAUAAAGCUUUUGGUGGACCAAUUGAAGCCGCUCGAUCCGAAAAUUUAUAAUCAUCCCAAUUAUGUGCGCUCACGGGCCAAGCUGCAGCAGCUCAGGUCGGAAACAAUUGUCGGCAAUCCGAAGACGGUGCCAGCACAUGCCUCGCCAAUGCUGGUCUGUGACAUAGCUCACAAAUUUUUGGGCGAUGGACCAACGGGCAUCAUCACUAUGCACACAUUCCGCACACCCAAAGAUGCUAUCCAGGUCAUUUUGCAGGAGACGCUCGCCUACGGUUCGGUUAGCAUCUGGCAUGAGAAGAUCGCCAGCGCGUAUGAGAUGUGCGAUCUGCUCAAGAACGACACCUUUAUGAUCAAUUGCUUCAAUGUUGAUCUGGCACCAAUAAGGCCCACCUUCGAUGCCGGCAAAAAUGAUGCGUUGAUCGAAGGGAGCUAUCACUACGAGAUCCUCACUAAAAAUGAGAAGAGCAAGAUCGUUGUCAGUGCCGUAGGCUCCAUAUUUGCCAAAUGA